UUCAACAGUUUCAGACGGCAGAGAGGAGCAAAUAAUAGGUUGAUUAAUGGUGUUGUCAAUAGGAGGAUCGGGAGUUGAUUCAUUAUUGUUGUUGGGGCUUUCAGGAGUAAGUGGUUCGAAUAAGUUGUCGGUUGGAUCCAUUUUCUUGAUGGGAGGUUGUUUAGGUAAAAGGCUUAGGUGUUUGAGAAUAGGGAUAAUUUCUUUAUCGGUUAGAGGGGCUCGGGUAUGUCUGGGCAUGUAUCUAAAUUAAAGUAAUUAAAGCGAUGAGGAAGGUCGGUCUAAGAUGCUCGAAGGCGGAUGGGAGUGAGAGGGAUUGCUGGGAAGUUCGAUAUUUGUUGGAAGGGAGGCAGUAGUUGAGCGGUUAAAUAAGCGCUUUCGAUUAGACCACAGAUUAGUUAGGAGAAUUAGGAGGAGGAGAAAGGUAGUA